AAAUAUGGGAAAUCAUUUGCUUUCGAAUGUUUCACAUGAUCAACUCCUUUCUCACGACUUAGAUGAACAAUUAUAGGGUUUGAAUCGAAUUUGAUUACAUGGAAUUGGUUUUGAUCUUUGUUCCUUGCGUUCCACCCUUGUAUAUAUGUUUUUACGUUUUCUUUAUUUGAUUUAACUUUUGAUUUUAUAAUUCUUAAACCCCCCUUUUAUUUCGUUAUUUGUAUAUAUUCUUUUUGUAAAUAAUACUUUUUAUUUUUACUAAUUAAUUAAUUGUUUUUUGCAAUUACAGGUGUACCCUCAAUCCCCGGUUAGAACGAUCCCUACUUAUUCUAUACUAACAACUACAUGCAGGGUUAAAUUGCGCGCUUACUUUUAGGGUAUCAUAAUUCAUAAUUCAGCUCGAUCACGAAAUAAAAUCCAGUACAGUUGUAUAUCCAGAUAUCCAUGACAUGCCUACCAACAUAAUUAUGGCAAUGUUCGAACACAGGACAUGAGGGUUCCAUAUCAUAAUCGUUCCCGUGAGAGGAGCUAUUGCAUCCGCUGAACCACUUGCCGUGAUUGCUCCAGUAGUGACCUGUCACAUUCAUAGAUAAUUAGCUGGGUCAAGUUGGGCAAAUAUUAGUCAGUGACCUUAAAAAAGCCCAUCAUUAUUGUUUAAUUAAGCCCAAGCUGAAGCCCGUCUACUCUCUCAACUUAAAACCCUUCGAAGUUUGUUUAUCACUGUUUCGGUUCACUAGUAUUCACCGACCACCACCACCCACCGUAAGUCAGUCCGUACCCACCACCGCCGGAGUGAAUCAGCGGCAGAAAAGAUGAUGAGGGACGUGUCGACCUGCAACACGUACGAUUACGGAGACGCCCAAUACUGGGACGCCCGGUACGUCCAAGAAGGUGACUCCUUAUUCGACUGGUACCAGCGCUACUCUGCUCUCCGCCCUUUCAUCCGCAACUUCAUUCCCCUCACCUCCUCUCCUGUUCUCGUCGUCGGCUCCGGCAAUGCCGUUAUGUCCGAGGACAUGGCGAAAGAUGGAUAUGAAGACAUAAUGAACAUUGACAUCUCAUCAGUGGCUAUCAACCUCAUGAAGACCAGAAACAAGCACAUCCCUCAGUUGAAAUACAAGCAAAUGGAUGUGAGGGAUAUGAGCUUCUUCCCAGAUGAAUCCUUUGACGGUAUUAUUGAUAAAGGAACUCUUGAUUCAUUGAUGUGUGGCAGUGAUGCUCCGAUUAGUGCUGCCCGAAUGCUAGGGGAAGUGAGUAGGCUUCUUAAACCUGGAGGGGUCUAUAUUUUGAUAACUUAUGGCGAUCCUAAAGUUAGAAUGCCUCAUUUGAGCCGGCCAGUGUACGACUGGAAUACUGUUCUGUAUAUCCAACCCAGACCAGGAUUCCAGAGGCCUGAAGGCUGCAGUUCCUCAAGGAAGUCAUAUUUGGAACCUGUUCCUAUCACCGAGAACGGUUCCCUUCCAGCUGAGCUUGUUAUGGAAGAUCCAGAUUCACACUUCAUUUAUGUGUGUAAAAAGAAGGAUGCCAAGGAAUUACUUUCACUAUAUAGAUUGAGAAUUGAUGAUUUGUAGUAAUCACUUCUAGUGAACUGCUGAUGAAGGUAGCUCGUGCUCGGGAUACUAGCUUCAACAGGCAUCAUUGCCAUUUAUGUGCUUACUACCAGGGCUAAAUCAUUACCAUUCUUGCGUGUCUGUAACAUAUAAUUGAUUCUAUUUAAUGAGUCUGCUAGGUUUUAAGCAUGAAAUUCUAAAACAAAUAAAAGGAAGAAAGUCUUUAGAGACCCUAUACGAACAUUAUCUUAUUGUAUCAAUUCAGGGUGCAUUGGCCCUCAACUAUGUGUACAAGUAGUUCGCUGAAUAAGCUCUUAUUGAGUACGUUACUUGAAUCA